UGGCAUUUUGUGGUGCUUAGCAACCGCGUAGAGCAAUGCAGCAUCUCAAAGAGUGCCCGUGGGAUCGAAACACGCCGUGGAGGCCUGCAGCAUUGCCGAUGGGGACCACUUCCUUUGACCAGCGCGAGGACCUGGCCAUCGCCAAGAACCUCUUCAUCUAUGGGGAGAUGUCCCCCAAAGUGGCACAGCCGACUGGGCUGGAGGAAACAGUAAGGAUGGCCAUGAAGAAUCGUCAGGGAGAGUUUCCACGGAAGGAGGAGCUCAGGAGCGCCAGCUAUUUGCCUAAUGGCUGGGAGGACUACAAGAAGUUCAGCAAGCCUGACUUCACGAAGUCCUUCUCCUUCAUCAGGAAUGGCUGCAGCUUUGAAGGCAAGUCUUCCCCCGUAGCCUCACGACCUCACACAGCUGGCUGUAUUGAAGAGAUGCUGACGCCGCCUGCCCACACAGAGUCUUUGGACAAGCUGGCCACGCGAACGUGGUCCCGCAUGACGGAGCGGCCGCAAAGUAUGACCUCCAGCAUGCGGAUGUCUGCCAGCAUGCCAUACAUCCGGGCCAAGUCCAACAAAACCAUGGAGCUGACGCAGUAUCCUUUGAUUCGAGGUCUCAGCAGGGAGAAGGCCUUCAACGCGUCCGUUCGCUUCUGAGUGAUUUGAACCAGUUGAAAGGAGCCUCGCAGGAAAGAGGCGAGCUCCAUUCAAUGCUCCUUUCAUACCCAGCGACGGCUUGCCACGGCCUGCCCUUCCGAGACCAACACAACACAUGUGUGUUCUUUGUGCA